AUGCAUCAAAAUGGCAGUAUAAAUGAAUUCAUCCUUUUAGGAUUGACACAGGAUCCAAUGAAGCAGAAACUGGUGUUUGUAAUCUUCUUUGUUUUCUUUGUGGGGACUGCUGUGGGCAAUCUGCUUAUUAUUGUGACCAUAAAGUGCAGCCGGACACUUGGGAGCCCCAUGUACUUCUUCUUAUUUUAUUUGUCCCUGGCUGAUUUCUGCUUUUCAACUUCCAUUGUUCCAAGGCUUUUUGUGGAUUCUCUCUCUUCAAAAACAUUCAUAUCUUACAGUGAAUGCCUGACUCAGAUUUUUGCUCUGCACUUAUUUGGAGCUAUGGAGGUUUUUGUCCUUGUUUUCAUGUCUUUUGAUCAUUAUGUGGCCAUCUGUAAGCCUUUAUACUAUUCAACCAUCAUGAGCAGGCAGAGCUGCCUCAUCCUCAUCAUGGUUGCCUGGUUGCUGUCUUUCAUACAUUCAAUUACUCAGAUUGUUCUGGUUCUGAGGUUGCCUUUCUGCGGUCCCAAUUUGAUUGAUCACUACUGCUGUGAUUUACAGCCCUUGCUGAAACUGGCGUGCAUGGACACCUAUGUGAUCAACCUACUGUUUGUGUUCAACAGUGGUGCGGUCUGCUCCUGCAGUUUAGUGCUGCUGCUGAUCUCAUACACUGUGAUCUUGCGUUCACUGCGAAACCACAGUGCAGAAGCCAGGAGGAAGGCUCUCUCCACCUGUACUACACACAUCACUGUAGUCCUUUUAUCACUUGUUCCUUGUAUAUUCAUAUAUGCACGCCCCCCAGUCACUUUCCCAUUUGACAAGAUGGUGGAAAUAUUUUAUACUAUUGGAGUACCCUUUCUCAACCCACUCAUCUACACACUGAGGAAUGCAGAAGUGAAAAGUGCCAUGAGAAAGUUAUGGCAUGUCAAAAUUACCUCAUAA